GGAAGAAGUGCGCAUCCAACCCAAGUUUCAACCAUCCAGUUGUUAUUGCGACUCUCGACUACUCUAACGUGCUGAAAGUUGAGAACUGCAGUGUUUUGUUGUGUUAUCUCGGGAUAAAUGUUUUAAGAACAUCCAGGCACAAUGUUGGUGCCAUGGUUGUGGGUGGCACCGCUGCUGGCGGUGGCCGCUGCCGACCCCGGGUCUUCGCUGCGGGGCGCCGUGGAAGCCCUGCAGCGCCGUCAGCGCAGCCAUAGGGGGCCCGUCAUCCCUGCCCCAGACUACGAUACGCUCUAUGAGUUUAUACCGCCUGGAUACCCUGAUCCCGAUUACACAGUAGAUAUUGAAGACGUUGAGGACGAACCAUCGCCAAAGUACAUCGUGAAACUUCUGGAAGAAAACGACCGUAAUCCAGAGACUUACGACUACAAAAUUAUUAAGAAAAAGAAUUCUCGCCUGGAACCUGGUCCUAGGAAGGAAUCUGCUUUUCGUGAACGGAGCCAUCAUUCUGAUAAUGACAGGUUGAGAGACUUAUUUGCAGAAAGGAAUGAAGUAGAGGAAGACAGAAAAAAUGAAAUACUACAAGAGAAGGCUGCGAACGAUGCUGAGUACGCUUUACUUCUAGGCCAACUUUGGUCUAAAUACAGGAGCAACAAAGAGCAGCAACAACACCAACGUGAAAAUACCGAAAACGCCCCUCAAGGCGUUGUUAAACUGUAUAAGGAGAAGGUUGUUAAGAAGCGAUAUCCUGAUAAUUGGGGGCCAAUAGCUUUCAAAAGGAAGCGUAGUUCAGACCCCGAUAACCGACCCAUUCCAUCGGACUUUGAGUCAGAAAGAAAAGCAGCUGGUACUCCCGAUGCGAACUAUAAUUCUUAUGACGUUUCUGAUGAAGACAAAGACGACUGGCGAGAGGAAUACGCUAUCGCUUUUCAACCUUUAGAUGAUGAGUCUUUGACAGAUCUUACUGAUGACGAUCAGUAUUCUUACGAACCAGUAGAAAAACGGUUUCCUGUAACAAAACGUAGCAGUGGCCCCUAUGACUUUAAUAAUCAAAAGAAAAGGUUUGCCCAAAGUCAAAAACAUGAGAAAUCAAAAUCAUUUCGUAGUAGCGCAGGCACUGAUCCCAGGAUCAUAAAGGACUUGUCUAAGAUAUUUGGAGAUAUGUAUAUUAAAAAUCCCGUCAAACGAAGUGCUGAUAACGAAGAAAAUCAUGAGGGAAAGCCUCCAAAGGUGACUGCGUUAACUCACAACAGCACUCUUGGACAUGAUAACUCGACUAAGUAUGAUGAAGAUAGUCACGAGCACCAUGGCCACAAUUUACAUCACCCGGGGAUAUCAGGCAAAGAAACGGAACCCACACAUGAUCAUGAUCAUACCCAUGACCACGCACACGCCCACGCUCAUGCUCAUGACCAUGACCAUGCGCAUCAAGAAAAGCCAAAAGUAAUAAGGAAGAAGUCUAUCGAUUGGUCAGAUUAUUUCGGCAUUGACAAACGAAGCAAGAAAUUUGUUAAUGACGUGAACCAAGAUCGCUUAAGGAAGCAAUACUUCGAUACUUUUAACAAAGAAGUCAUUUCUCCGGUAAACUCCUUUCGAAAACACAACUUCGUGAAGAGAAAUUAUGUUGAACCAAAACCAAAUGAGGAAACUGAAAUUCAAAUUGAACAAGCCCACAUUGAAACCAGUCACAAUGAUGACAAAAGAGAUACAGCCAAAGAAAACGAUUCAAAACUAGACAACAUUGAUAAGAAAUUGAGAAACAUGGAAGGAAUGUUGGUAGAUGACGCUUUGCGUUAUUCUGAAGUUGACGAAGAGUUGGACUCUAAGGAAGAGCAGGAAAUGAAAGAAAAGUUGCUAUCUCGGCUUGCUGCAGCAUAUAGUCUUGAGAAGAUGCGGAAAGCCCUUAAGGAAUUCAAGCAAAGUCUCCAAACUCAGAGGACCGAUAGUAGCUCGAGUACAGCGAUGACUACUGCUGAUGAAGCGAAGGCUAAGAGAGUUGCAGUGAAGAAGGAAAAGGUAGAACUCAUGAAUAAUGAGAUCCCCACGUACAAAGGCGAUACAAGUGACGAUUUUGAGGAGGAACAAGGCGCUGGACAAUAUUUAAAUGGAAAAAAUGAGCAACAGUUUUCUGAAGGAUAUAUGGGAGGCAGCGGCCGACAUCGGACACCGGUUGUUUCUACAGCAUCUGAUGACUUUUCAGGAGGUGCAACCGGAUCGUGCCCUGUGCUAGCGAAGAUUGUGCAGCGUUGCCGCAACGUCGAUUUGCUCGCCGGCGACCGUGGCCAACUGUUCUUGCCACUUUGCAGCUUACACCAGAUUUGUUACAUUUGCGGCGAUGCACCACCAACAACCUGUGACCUGGUGUUCCUGUCAGAGGCAGAUACGACCUGCGAAGGCGAUAUGGGCUGCCAAAGAGCUGCUCGUUCAGCGCUGAUGGCUCUCCGAGAACUACACGACAACCUAGCUGAUGAGAUGGACGGCGAGUGCGAGGCUAGCCCCUGUCUCUCCGCCACCCUGAAGCUCAACAUACCUUGGCAGCGAGCCCUCCAACGAUAGACAACGAUCAUCGAAAUGUCUACAUUUAGUGAUGUGAGCGUGAAGCCUGCGUCACGUUUCAGAUGGCCACGCCCGGCCAUCCCUGUUUCUAAAACUUGAACGUGAAACUGGCUUUCCUCACGAUUUUACAUGUCUUCUACCGACGAGUAUAUUCGUGACGUUGGUAUAGUUGUAUUUUUCUGAAUAUCACCAUAAGUAUCCUAAAAGGAAUAUCAUCUCACCGUGACUUAGUGUAAGGUAUCCGUACGAGUCUAACCAGCCAUAGACGCGUAGGGAUAUAGUAUAGAGCUGCUCACAUCUCACUAGUCUCCAUCACCGUGGCCUCCACGUACUAUUGCUACGCUUUCGUUGUUAAAUGUAAUUUUAAUAUAUAUUAUAUUGAUCGUUGUAUUGACUUUUGCUAGAUAUAUUUUUGCGAUCGCAUUUCUUAAAGUUCAUCUAAUUGUAAGAACUUGGGCAGGACUAGAUAUGUAAAAGGUUUCAGAGCUCGUCCUGCGAUGAUUGUGUGGAUGUACCUACUGAAGUGGUAAUUUUGUCGUUGUUAAAUAUUAUACUUCAAUAUAUUUGUGUUUACAGUGUGUCAACCUAAGUAUUAAAAAUAUGAUUAAUAAAUGUAUUAUAAAUGUACUUUCAAAUUUAAAUAUAAAUGAUAUAAAUGAAGGGAGUUAAUACUUACUGAGUAUAUCAAGGAGUGUUAAAAAGAAUUUGAAAAUUCUCUAAAUUAAAAACGUACUCGUAUAUUUUAUCUACAAUUAUAUCUCUAUAUUUUCUAUUCUUUUGAAAUAAUCGUUGGUAGCAUUAAAGAGGAUGGUAUUAUGAAGGAUGUUUAACAUUAUUUUGCUUUAGUAAGUCUACGUAUUAUUUUUGCAAGCGAAGUAAAAGCGAGAAUCUGGCCGAAAUUUAUUACAAAGCACUUUGUCUGGUGCAGCACUUUAGACUUAUCUAGGACAAUAAUUCUUUGGUUUUACAUGAGACUAACAAUAGAUUAAAAAGUCUAAAUAUAGUCGAGUGCAUGGUGGCGCUCGUUUUCUAAGUCUUCCGGUCCGAUAUUGGCUUCAAAUUGUCCUGGAAAUCUAUCGGUGAAUGCUCCCUGAACUACACUUAUCCUAACUAUAAUGUUACUAGGAAAUCAUGAAGUAAAGGAGGUUAGAUAGAAAUAUAUACUAUGUAAUUUAUCAACUAGACGGUGGAUGUUACCGAUCAUUUUAAACAACUUGAAUGUUAUCACUUUAUUCGUAAAAUGUUCAAGUAACUAUAAACACGCGAUAUAAAAAUAAAUGGUUUUCCAUAA